CUCUGCUCGCUGGUAAAGGGCAUUAUAUUUCAUACAACUCUUUCUCUCUUUCUUUAUAAUGACAUACAAGAGGGAGGCUUUUCCUGCCUCCUCCAUUGGACGCGUGCAGGGAGCGAACGUUUCCCGCACAUCCUCAUUCGAGACCCUCGCAGCACAUCCUCUUCUUUCGCCCAAUUCCAGCAGCACUGGCACAACCAGUCCUCCUUCAGGACCCGGGGAACCGGCAGGGCAGCAUCACCCGCCGAAUUCAGCAGCAGGAACAGCGCACAAAUAUGUGCCAUAUACCCCACGACAAAGAACUGCCCCUCCGGGUGUCCCAACAACGGCACCAUCGGCGCAGUCCAGCGUGGCCGUGUCUAUACCGGUGGCUCCUCAAAGUCAGGGUGGCCAGGGUGGCGCGACCAGUCGACUGCAGCUGGUGAACCUGCGAUCGGCUGCACAAGGCAUUGGCCUCGAUACUGGAAGCUUAGGAUGGGCGAUGCUUGAGAAGCUCUCGCACGAGGCGGAUUCGUCUGAUGAGUGGACAGAGAUAUGGGAUACGGUCACGAAGGGCAAGGCGUGCAUGCUCCUGCCGCUCAGCGCCGCUCAUGAGAAGGAUAAGAUUACGCCAGACUUCAUGAAAGACCACAUCAUACUCUGUGACAGCCAGACCCGGGAUGACUCUCCUGUCAUUACACUUUCCGGUCUACGUGGUACGCUCAAGGACGAGGAACUAACAUUCCGCUCCUCCCUGAACCCAUCUACGAAGGCAUUCAAAAACAUUCUCGCCAACCCUGCUCGAACGCCCCUGCUCAAUGCACUUCCACCUCUUGCGCCUUUGGCCGUAGCCACAUCAUUCCCCACAUUCCCCGUCCCCGCCUUCAGUUCUGCCCUCCCUUUGCCUCCAAAGGUUCAGAAACCACCCCUACCCCCUCGGCCCGGAGCACGCUCACCCGCGGCAACUGGGUCUCGCCUGGCGAACCCCUUCGCUAGCCUUUUUGGACAGAAACCCUCAUCGACGCCUCCAACACCCACAGUGCCCCUCCCCGGAUCCUCUCCAUCAACAUCGGUGAGCGGAGCGCAGCCACAUACAGACGAUCACCCGAUCCCAAUCUCUGCGUUCAGCAUCUCCCGACCCAUCUACAGGCGAGACGUUGCGCAUUCGAUCAACUCCACGCUCACAUCUGCGCUUGCAUCAGCUCUCACUCCUGCGCUCGACAUCUCCAGCAAUGGCAAAGCGAGCGCUGAUACGGAUGACUCGUCCAUCCUCGUUCCGCCAUGGGUACUUGAUAAGACGCUUGCGUUCGGAGCCCCUUAUAUGCCGUUCACUCGGGCGCCUGCGGGGAAGAAGAAGCUGCAGGAUAUAGGCGCGUCUCCUGGGCGGACGCCGUAUGUCGUGGCUCUUCCACUAGAGACUGAGGUCGAGGAGAACAGCUUCCAGAGGUUCUUCACGCAGCUUGAUGACGAGCUGCACAUGCGGCUCAGGGGUGCCAGUACAGACAAGCAUGCAGACGGAGAGGAGAGGGAAGAGGAAGUAAGGGCCAUUGUAGGGAUCGUUGAGAGGGCGUUGUGCGAAGUCGUAUACGAUAGAAUCUUCAUGAACGGGGUCGACGACGCGUCGCACGACGAAGCGCUAUCAAGUCGUGUGGCAGCUGUGAACCUCGUUGACUUGACCCUUGCUCACCUGGAUGUCGACGUCGGCGGCGCAGCGGACGACUUGAAUUCCGUUAUCACAGCAUGUGGACAAACUUUGCAACAACUUGACAUCUGUUUCUCACCAGGAGACAAGAGUGCUGUCCUCGUCAACGCACACAAGGUUCUAGUAGAUGGUCUCUCCAAACUCCCACCCAUCCGCCUGAAACCAAGUGACGAAGAGAACGUCGUCGAUAUAGGCCGCUCGGUUAAGGAAGGGCCUCCUCCAUUGCCAUCAGGACCCAUCGAAGGCGUUGAUGUCCCUCUCGUCGCUUCACCCACUGCCCUUGUCGAUGGAUCUGCAUCUCCUCUCUCCAUCCCCAUCGUCAUGGCACCGGACCCCGAACCCGCUACACCCCCCAUUCCCGAGUCCGUAACCCUCGUUAACUCGCCUCUGGGAGGCUCAACGACAACAACAAGCGUCGACGUCAUGCAGACACCGCUCUCCCCUGCUCAGUCACCAUCGCAUCGCAGCUCUUCCCUUCCUUGCCCCGGUUCACCGUCACUGGGAUCUCUCCCGGCGCCACGCCCAUCAUCCCCUCUUCUGAUAACAACGCCUCCAACAAGCACACCCGUUUCUGGCGAUGUUCUCCUACCUUUGCUCAUCUUCACUCUCGCCAAGUCCAACCCUCCCCACCUCGUUUCGCACCUCCUCUUCACACAACGAUUCAGAGCGACGUCUGUUGGCGGUGGCGAAGAGGCAUACUGUCUCAUCAACCUCCUCGCCGCCGCCAGCUUCUUGGAGAACGUCGAUCUUGAGGCGCUCGGCCUGGGCGACAGCCAGAAAGUGAUCAGCGCCGCCGACCUGUCGCCCAUCCCGAUCGUGCGCGGCGGCUCCACGCCAGAUUCGCCCUCGGCGCCGUUGCUGGGAAUACCAGCGAGCGGGACACUGAGAGGACGAGUCGAGCAACAGGUGGACGCAAUCGCCGGCUCGGCGAACAAGGUUAUCUCGGGUGUCGUCGAUUCGUCGUUUGGUGUUCUGAGGUCGUUCUUGCCCACGUCUGUGCCUGGUGUACCUGGAUCGGAAGCAUUAGAGAAGGGGGCGAUCCAGCCCAACAUUAUACGACGCGAAAGCGGGUUCUCGAUCGCGAGUCUGGCAGCGAGCGUCGCCCAGCGUCGACAGCAGACACAAACCGGAGAGGAUGGCGAAGACGGGCAGCAGCUCGUCGCUGUCAUUUCUCGCCCUGGGUCAGUCAAGUCAGGGUACGGGGAUGGGGAUCGUCUUUCCGACGAAGACGACGAGGACGACGGCGAUGGAGAGAGUGGUGGAUCCUCAGAAGAAGGGAGUGACGAGGAAGGCGAGGAGGCAGAAGAGGCAGUAGAACGGGCGAGUACGCACGACGCGCGAAGCAUCAGGAGCUUUGAGAGCAUGAUGAAUGCGUCGACCAAGUCGAAUCGGUCGCGAAGGUCCAAGCACAAGCGCGACAUUGGUGCGAGCGGGAGUGGUGGUGGCGGUAGCGUUGGCGGAAUAUCCAAGAGCCUUACGGACAGACUCGCCAGUGUUGCGGGCGGGUUGGGACGGCUCUCGCAGGACAAGGACAGGGACAAGCGGUCAUCUCUCUUAUCUGCAGGCGCGCGAGCUGACUCUCCGGCUUCUGUGACUUUGAGUCUACAACGCCCUGCCUCGCCAACAGGAUCGUUGCGGGCCAAGCUUGCACCACCUAAUAGACGGUUCCUCGAGGCCACAGAGGAUGAUAUCCGUCACGCGGCUUUGCCUUCUCUUGCCCCCUUUACCCUCCUCCACACCGUCCAAAUCAUGGCUGUAGCAUCAACGUCUGCAACCUACGGCAACGCAUCCACCUCGUCUGUCCCGGCUACAUCAGCCGCACCCGCUUUGCCGUCAGACCUCGAACAGACACUAUCCGUACUCUCGGCACAUCGCACUGUUCUCGGAUACAUCUUACUCUCUAGAGGAGAUCACCUGUCUAUCAUUCGACACUCGGGCGUCAUCUUCGAUGGGGAGAAUGGGCGCAAGUAUGCAAGUGUGAUAGGGAAGAUGGUUGAAGUCGUUCAGUCGGGCCUGCAUGAGAUCAGCGAGUCGGAGGAUGAUGGGGAUACGAUUCGCUUCAUGAGGAUACGGACGAAGCGCCACGAGAUUAUGAUCUCACCAGAGAAACGUUAUCUGCUUGCCGUGUUACAUGACCCAUCGAGCUGAGGUCUUGAUUUUCUGUUACGCACACUCUC